UGGGAGGAAGCGGCGGGCUGCGUCUGGGAAGAGCCUGGCGGGAAAGGCGAUUCCUGCCCGCUGUCUCCCACGCAAGUAUCUUGGUCCCCAAACCCUGCGGGGGCACACCUAGGCCCCACCCCGCCAUGACAUGGCGACCAGGGGAGGGGCGGUGGCGGCUGCGGCGGGGGACCCGGCAGGGUUUGGGCCGCUCUGCCCGGUAGAGCAUGUCGCGACUCGUCGCUCGCCCCGGGCGGUCGGUGGCGAUGCUAACGCUGGCGCUUCUCUGGUGCCUGCUGCGGGCGGGCAGUGCUGCCCUCCUGCCGCCUGCAGGCAGCGGGCUGGGGCGGGAGGGCGGUGGCAAUGGCCCGGGCCGCUCUCCGUGGGACGGAGGCAGUCGGGAGAAAGAAGCGGUGGCGGCGGCCCUUCGGGAAAGCACUAAGAGAAUUAGAUUACUAAAUUCAUCAUCAAAAGAUAAUACGACUGCUUUCUAUGGAAUAAAUCAGUUUUCUCACCUGUUUCCUGAAGAGUUCAAAGCUAUUUACUUAAGAAGCACACCUCACAAACUUCCCAGAUACAAAAAAGUGCCAAAUGGAAAUGAAAAACCUUUGCCAAAUAAGUUUGACUGGAGGGACAAGAAAGUCAUUGCAGAAGUGAGAAAUCAGCAAACUUGUGGAGGCUGCUGGGCCUUCAGUGUUGUGGGUAGUAUAGAGUCUGCCUAUGCAAUUAAAGGAAAUCACCUGGAAGAACUCAGUGUACAGCAGGUUAUUGACUGUUCCUACAAUAAUUAUGGCUGCAGCGGAGGAUCCACUGUUAGUGCUUUGAGCUGGCUGAACCAGACAAAAGUAAAAAUUGUGAGAGAUUCAGAAUACACUUUUAAAGCUCAGACAGGACUGUGUCAUUAUUUUGGUCACUCAGAUUUUGGAGUUUCAAUAACUGGAUUUGCUGCUUAUGACUUCAGUGGUCAGGAAGAAGAAAUGAUGAGGAUGCUGGUUAACUGGGGCCCUUUGGCAGUGACCGUGGAUGCAGUUAGCUGGCAGGAUUAUCUUGGUGGGAUUAUACAGUAUCACUGCUCCAGUGGAAGAGCAAAUCAUGCUGUCCUUAUCACUGGGUUUGACAGAACAGGGAGUAUCCCUUACUGGAUUGUACAGAAUUCUUGGGGACCUACGUGGGGACUAGAUGGCUACGUCCGUGUUAAGAUAGGUGGCAAUGUCUGUGGUAUAGCAGAUACAGUUUCAUCAGUGUUUGUUUGA